AACAGCAUUGCCAAGCGCUGCAGGGAUACUCACACACACAUGACAGCGUGCUGUGGAGGAGACAUCGAGGUUUGCAAGUUGAUACACUGUGAAAUCACGAAUCCAGGAAAUGAGCGGUUUAUGCAGGCUCUCACUAUAAUUCCUCCAGUGUGGUUUGUGGUGUCAUAAUCAUGAACGCCUCGCGUCAUCUGUUACGCACUCGGUGUUUUGGGUGUGUUGCACGUUUCUUGGGGACGCCUGUCCAGAGAUUGAUCCUGCCAGGUGGAACAUGCUCACAGACCCCUGGAUCACAGCAAAGCAAUGGCCAGGUGCUGAGGCCCUUCCAUUGCAGUGUAUUGUGCUCCACCAGUCAACUAGAUCGAACAGAACUUGAAAAAGCAAUCGAAUUUGAGAUGCAGAAUAAAGACAAAACUUUGGUAACACAUGAGGAUUUAUUUGAGCGAGCUGCUAAGGAAUCAAAGACCAAGGCUGAUUUCAACAGGGUCGUGGAUGUUUUCAACAAGAAGGACAUUCGUCGACGGGGACAUGUGGAGUUUAUUUAUGCUGCCCUAAAGAAAAUGCCACAAUUUGGAGUGGAACGAGACAUUACGGUUUAUAAUAAACUCCUGGAUGUGUUUCCUAAAGAGGUGUUUGUCGCACGAAACUUUAUACAGAGGAUGUUUAACCACUAUCCAAGACAGCAGGAGUGUGGUGUGCAGCUGCUGGAGCAGAUGGAGAGUUAUGGUGUCAUGCCGAAUGUUGAGACCAAAGUUUUGCUGGCUCAGAUAUUUGGGGAGAAGAGCCAUCCUGUGAGGAAGUACCAGCGCAUCAUGUACUGGUUUCCCAAGUUCAAGCACGCAAACCCCUACCCCAUCCCACAUGUACUCCCCAGCGACCCAGUAGACCUCGCUCGAUUCAGUCUUACUCGCAUCGCUGAUGACCCAGAUGCCAAAAUAACAAUCUAUCAGUAUCCAUCAACAGACAUCACAGAGACAGGAGAGGAAGUCAUUAAACCUCAUAUUGUUGGUAUCCAAAGUCCAGACCAGCGCUACCUUCUGGCCAAACAUAAUCCCUGCAAGCCCGUGUUUGCAGAAGGCCCAUUCCCACUGUGGCUCAGAAAGACUUGUGUUCAUUAUUAUCUGCUACGGGCAGACCUUAUACCACCUGAAGAAAAGGUUGAGGAAGAAUUUGACCCUGAGCUGAUUGGCCCUGAGCAGAGUUUCUUCUUCCCUCAGCGGGUGGAACUCGACCUGGAAAGAGACAUGGGUGAUGAUGAGAGCUUCGAUGUGGAUAAUGUGGAAGAGGGGCCGGUUUAUGCCAUGUGUAUGGCAGGUCAGGGUGACCAAGCCACUUUGGCUCAAUGGAUUUCUGGUCUACAGGAGACAUGUCCUAUAUUGGGCCAGGUACCUACAGUCUUCCGUCUGGAAUCUGGACCUAGAGAACUACAAACCUCAUCAGAUGCUCAGCAAACCCCCGAGCAGGAGCUUGAAACAGAUCCUAUUGUCGAGGAGGAACUGCUGCACUCACAAGGAGUGAAACAAUGAGAGUUUAGUAUUUCACAAUGUCAGUACAAUGCCAAUGGAUGCUUGUGUUUUAUCAGGAGCUCAAAGAUCACCUAAUUCACUGUGGUAGAUGAUCUUGAAUCAGAUCGGAAGAAGCUCAGAUAGUUUAGUAAACAGAUUCUGCCAUGUCUUACAAAUCAGCCAGCAUUUUUGAAUUGAAGGUGUAACAGAUGUCUUCAAGAAAGAGACCUUAUCCAUUUGAAAAACAUAUCCAUUUGAAAGUAAAAUUGUCAUAGUAUUACAGCAUUGUGAGGGUUUUUUAGUUUGACGCACUGUUCACAGGCCCCAUAUGGAUUCCCAGACCUAUCUCUGCAUCAGUGCAGACAAUGACAAUUGUAAUGAGAUGACCUGUUAUUAGAUAUUGUUAUACAUUAUGCAAAGUUGCUCUAAGAAAUUAAGUGUGCUCAGAUGUGUCAAAUAAAUUAUACAU